UCAUAUUAAAAGGGGAGUGCAUCGGAGGAAGAAGAAGAAGAAGAAGAAGAGGGCACCAUUUUUGAAGUCUUUUUCGAUCUCAAGCUUCUCGGAUUCUCCAUUAAUGGCGGCUGAGAUUCUGAUCUUCCUUCAAACUCUGCUUCAGGUUUCAUCGUCGCUCUGUUUCUGUUACUCAAUUAAAAACUCAAUCCCCAAUGGAUUCCUCAAAUUCCUCUUAAUCCUCCCUUUCUUCCUCCUCUUCCUCUACAUUCCUCUGCAAUUUCAAACCCUACAUCUUCAGGGCGCCAUCGGCUUCUUCAUCGGCUGGCUUGCUAGUUUCAAGCUUCUCCUCUUCGCAUUCGGCAAAGGUCCUCUCUGCUCCGCCGCCGCUUCCUCCUCCCUCCGCCGCUUCCUCCUUGUCGGUUCUCUGCCGAUCGACAUCUACGAUCACGACCCGGCUUCGACCCGACCCGAUACCAAUUCGGUUCUUCCUCUGAGCUUAUCGUCAAAAUUGUUCUUCCUAAGUCUCUCCAUCGCAGCAAUCUAUUGCAAGAAUUACUUCCAUCCAAACGGAACCCUAAUCGUUUUCUGCUUCGUAAUUUACCUCCUCCUUGAAAUUGUCCUCGGCGGAGCCGCCGCCGUUGCCAAGGCAACGCUCGGAGUCGAGUUAUUGCCCUGUUUCGACGAGCCCUAUUUAUCUUCUUCGUUACAGGACUUUUGGGGUCGGCGAUGGAAUUUAAUGGUCUCCAGAAUCCUCCGCCUCUCCGUCUACGAUCCAUGCCGGAAUUUCGCCGCGGCCAUCGUCGGGAGGAAACCGGCGGCGAUAAUGGCGACGACGGCGACGUUCGCCGUCUCCGGUCUGAUGCACGAACUGAUAUACUUCUACCUGGGGAGACUGGCGCCGACUUGGGAAGUAACUAGUUUCUUUCUGGUACAUGGAUUUUUCUUGGCGGUGGAGAUGGCGGUGAAGAAUGCAGUCGGCGAGAGAUUCCGGCCGCCGCGAUUUGUGACGGUGCCGCUGACGAUCGGGUUCGUGAUGGUGACGAGUUUUUGGCUUUUUUUCCCGCAGUUUUUCAGGUUUAAACCGGACGUUAGAAUGUUUGAAGAGCACGCGGCUAUGGGCGCGUUUGUUAAGAAUGUGGCGGCCGAGUUGAUCACAUCCGUCAAACUCAUCUCAUUUCAAGUUAAAUAAUUGUUUUUACAUUUCA